AGAACACAUUUUUACGCUCAAAGAUUCAACUUUCAAAGCUCUUUGAUUUGAGGCGCCAACUCAAAAAGUAAAAUCCAAACCCCCCCACCCCCUCGAAAAAAAAAAAAAAAAAAAAAAACCCUAAUGAGUCAGUGAGUGUGUGAAGAAGAAAAUAUUACUUGAGUUGAGCCCCACUGUGUCAGUUUCUCCGCAGACUCUUAAUCUGAAUCUGUGAAAAGAGUCUUUGCUUCCCAUCUGAACAAACCUUUUAAACUCAAUAAAUGUCUCUGCUUGUUCUUGAUUAAAGUUUCAAUUUUGAAUGAUUUUGUGUGUCUGAUUGAUGAAAUGGGAAUGUGGGUAUUGUUGUGAGGUGAGUUUUGGUUAGUGGGUAGUUUUUGAUCUUUUGUUGGUUUGAGAUUAAGAAUGGCUGAAAUGAGAGGCAGGAUUCAGUUGAGGAGAGAGCUGACUCAAAUAAAGAAAGCAUCCAGGGUUUUGCGUGAUCCGGGGACAACUUCAUCUUGGAAGUCACCAUUGAGUUCAUCCAGAUCUAUAGCAGCAGCAGUAGCAGCAGCUUCGGGGUCUGGUUCUUCUGGUUGGAAGAACAACAAGCAAUUGGUUGAUGAAAACACCAAUGUGAAUGUGAAUGGGAGUGGGAGAGAGAAGAAGGUGUUUCUGUAUAAUUGGAAGAAUCACAAGUCCUCAAGUGAAACAAGUGUAAUUGCAAGAAAUGAUGAAGAAGAAGAUGAUGUUGAUGAGGACGAUGAGGAUGAAGGGUCUUCUUCAGUUAUUGAGAGUUUUGAUGAUAGUUUGAGUGAUGCAAGAAAUGGUGGUGGUGGUGGUGGCGGCAUUGAUUCAAAGAGUGACACUUAUUUGGGCGAUAAGAGGUAUUCUUCAAUGAUUUUCAGGUGUAGAGAUGUAAAUCUUGUCUCUUUGGCAACUCCAUCUAUGAGAAGAGCUAUGGGAGCUAAGAGGAAGAGUAAGAUAACUAAUUCCCAUUUAGAUUCUUUAUCUAGAUAUCAUAAAAAACAACUUGUUCUUGCUAGGAAUUCAGUUAAUUCUAAUUCAAGACUGCGAGCAGAUCAUCCUUCAAUGGCAUUAGGUUUAGGCAGGGAUGAAUCUGUUGAGCAAUCUGAUGAUACUGAAGACUAUUGUAAUUCGGAAGACUUACGUAAAUAUAAAUAUUCGGGGGCUUCCCCAUUUCUUUUAAAACUUAAGCAUAAGAAUUGGUCACAUUCAUCAUCUAAAUUUUUGAGAAGUAGCAGGAGAGAAGACUCUUCUUAUUCUUAUAGUACACCUGCAUUGUCAACUAGUUCUUAUAGUAGGUAUGUUAAUCGAAAUCCAAGCGCUAUUGGAUCUUGGGAUGCCACAACAGCAUCAUUGAAUGAUAAUGAUGAUGAAGUGGAUGAUCAUUUGGAUUUUCCGGGUCGUCAAGGAUGUGGGAUUCCCUGCUAUUGGUCUAAGAGGACGCCGAAACAUAGAGGGGUCUGUGGGAGUUGUUGCUCUCCUUCCCUUUCAGAUACUUUACGGAGGAAAGGGAGUAGCAUAUUCUGUGGGAGUCAGAGUAUGUAUCAUGGAAGAAGACGUUUGUCAUCCAUUUCUAAUAAACGGAGAAUGGCUUCUAGAAGCGCUCAAGGUAUUCUGCCAUUACUUACCAACAGUGGUGAUAGGAGAGCAGGGUCAUCCAUAGGAACUGGGCAUAGUGAUGACGAGCUCUCAAUGAACUAUGGGGAGCUGGAUUUGGAAGCAUUAAGUAGACUGGAUGGAAGGAGGUGGUCAUCAAGCUGUAGGAGUCAAGAUGGGCUUGAGAUUGUGGCCCUAAAUGGAGGAGGAGAAGAGGAUGGUACACUGGAAAACAUAAGGAGUCUGAGCCAGAAAUAUAAGCCAAUGUUCUUUGAUGAAUUGAUUGGACAGAGUAUUGUGGUUCAAUCGCUUGCAAAUGCUGUUUUAAGGGGAAGAAUUGCUCCUGUUUAUCUAUUUCAAGGUCCUCGAGGGACUGGGAAAACAUCAACAGCUAAGAUCUUUGCUGCAGCUCUAAAUUGUCUGGCUACUGAAGAAACAAAGCCAUGUGGGUUCUGUAGAGAAUGCACAGAUUUCAUCUCUGGAAAAAGCAGGGAUUUCUUUGAAGUUGAUGGCACUAAUAAGAAAGGAAUUGAUAGAGUUAGGUUCCUUUUGAAAAACCUGUCAAUUGAGCCCCCAUUGGCCUCUUCACGGUAUAGGGUUUUUGUUAUUGAUGAGUGUCACUUGUUGCCCUCUAAGACAUGGCUGGCAUUUCUCAAAUUUCUUGAAGAACCACCACAGCGAGUUGUGUUCAUAUUCAUAACAACUGAUAUUGACAAUGUGCCCCGAACCAUACAAUCACGGUGUCAGAAGUACCUUUUCAACAAAAUAAAAGAUGGUGACAUUGUAACCAGGUUGAGGAAAAUUUCUGCUGAAGAGAAUCUGGAUGUUGAAUUGGACGCAUUGAAUUUGAUUGCUUUGAAUGCUGAUGGUUCUCUUCGAGAUGCAGAAACAAUGUUAGACCAGCUGAGUUUGCUGGGAAAAAGAAUAACUACAUCUCUUGUAAACGAACUUGUCGGGGUUGUUUCAGAUGAGAAGUUACUGGAACUUUUGGAAUUGGCAAUGUCAUCUGACACUGCUGAAACGGUAAAAAGAGCCAGAGAGUUGAUGGACUCUGGGGUCGAUCCAAUGGUUUUGAUGUCUCAACUGGCCAGCCUUAUAAUGGAUAUCAUUGCUGGAACUUACAACAUUGGUGGAAGGAGUUUAACUGAAGCGGAGUUGGAGAGGUUAAAGCAUGCUCUGAAGCUUCUUUCAGAGGCUGAGAAACAGCUAAGGGUUUCAAGUGAACGCUCGACAUGGUUCACAGCAACUUUAUUGCAGCUUGGUUCAGUGCCUUCUCCAGAACUCUCUCUGUCGGGUAGCAGCAGGAGGCAGAGCUCUAAAACAACUGAGGAAGAUCCAUCAAGCACUUCAAGAGAAGCUACUGUUUACCAGCGGAAAUCAGGUGGUGCUCAAUAUAUGCAUUGUGGUUCAGCUUCUCCUGCUUCUGUGCAAGAACUAUUAAAUGGAAAUCGCAUCCAUCAAGGGGAAUUAUUAUCACGGAUUGAUGAUCAUAAUUCUUAUUCCAAGCCAUCACAUAGCCAAUUGAAGGACAGUGGUGCCUUGGCUGCUUCAAAUGAUAAUAGUACAGUUGGCAAUAAUAUUAUUACAUGCAGAAAUUCAGAAAAGCUUGGAGUUAUCUGGGCUAAGUGUAUCGAAAGGUGCCACUCAAAGACACUGAAGCAGCUAUUGUGGGCCCAUGGAAAGCUUUUGUCUAUCUCUGAAGUCGAUGGUGUUUUAGUUGCCUUCGUUGCGUUUGGAAACAGGGAUAUUAAAUCUAGAGUAGAAAGAUUUUUGAGCAGCAUUACCAAUUCAAUCGAAAUUGUUCUGAGACGAAAUGUAGAGGUUAGAAUAGUCCUUUUGCCAGAUGGUGAGGUUUCUAUAAAUGGUGGAAUUUUGAGUGAUCUACCAAAAGGUCUGAAGCAGACACAAAAAGCGGUAGCAGUUGAGAGAGAAAGAAAGGCAAUUUGUUCAAAUGCAAACGACAACUAUUCUGAUUCGGACUCACAACCGAUGCCCCGCAAAUUAUCGAGAGGAAGUUUUAAUGAGUUGGAAGGUAAACUUAAAGGAUCAGAAGAUUAUUCUAAUUGUUCUCCAUUUCAAGCUGGAAAUUUUCAAUCUACUGGUGGAUCAUUGGAGUUUCUGGCUGGGGGCAAUUGUGAACUUAGUUGUACAAAGGAGAGGAGGCCGGAGAUUCCAAUGCAGAGAAUAGAAUCCAUUAUCCGUGAGCAGAGGUUAGAAACCGCUUGGUUACAGACUGCAGAGAAAGGCACACCUGGAUCAUUGAGUCAUUUGAGACCUGAGAAGAAUCAAGUACUGCCUCAGGAGGGUAUCUAUCAACAAAAUCAUAUAGAAUCCAUUCUUUCAUCAGGAUUGCCGUCACAGCAAUGGGAAGAUGAACUAAAUCAGGAACUCAAAGCAUUGAAGCUUGAAGAUGAAAGAGUGCUUCAAAAGGACCAGAAUGGUAAAAGGAGUGAUCAUUACCCUAUGUCGCCAAGCUUAUUGCAUGAUAGCAGCUUUAUGGGCAAUUUCAGCAAAGAGAGCCUGGGAUAUGAAUCAGGCUCAGCAGCUGGAGGUUGCAGUGGGCUUUUCUGUUGGAAUAAUGGCAAACCUUAUAAGAGGGGAAAGGUCAAAGGAACCCCUGUUCGAGCACGCAAAGGUGGGCGAUUUUCAUUAUUUGGUGAGUGUGCAAAGGGAAAGAAAAGUGAGAGCAGACUUAGAAGAUAAAUGGAAAGUUUCAAUAGUUUGGAGUCAAAAGGCCUUCUUGUUUCAUUACCUAUAUAUAAUAAUUUUCUGUGUAUUCUAGUUAAGUCAUUCUUCAAGAAAUGAAAAGCUUAUGUGGUUGGACUUCUGCAUUUCUUUAGCUCCAGCCAAUACUUGUGCAAUGAAUAAAAGAAAUGUGGGGUUAAGUUGAAUAUACAAAUGGGAACUUUACUUUGUUGGGGCAUUUGGGGUGCUUUGCUUUGAAAGGGUGGUGCUGAGUUGCAUUCUUUGGGAUGAUAAGGGACUGUGAUGAGACCUCCCAUUAAUAAAGUCUAUCAAUAU